AUGGUCAGGAGACUUGUUGAGGCGGAAUAUGGAUUCCCGGAUAAUGAUAAGGAACGGGAGGGACCAUGGGCAGGUAUGACUGUCUCAGGAGGUAAGUGGUCCUACGACGCCAACAAUGGCGAUGUCAUUGCUGCCCUUGCCGAUGGAAGCCAGCCAGAAGGAUGUGUUCAGUUUGCUUUUACUCAGGAAAAUGGAAUGGAAUACAAACUGCGGUCUUCCGAUUGCAGCCACACCAGACGCGUGGUGUGUGAACAGUACCCUCUCCAACACUUGAACGUCGAAACGGAGCUGCUGCUGAUCACAGAUGGCCGAUCCAAUGACCCCAAGCACUUCGCCUCUCUUGAACGCAUGAAAGCCCUUUACUCGGCUACUGGGAUUAACGUUUCCGCAAUCGGUGUCGGCAGAAUCAACGAGGACGAAAUCCGUGACCUUACCGACAACACCCACUCCAGCAGUGCCAAAGAAGGAAACAUCUUCUAUCUUAUGUCCUGGGAGUCGGUUCAGAAGUUCAACAAAAUCUUCGAAAAGAUCCACAAGAAAUUCGAAAACGACGCCUGCCUGCCACUCAACUACGACCACGACGAUGUGGCAUGGACCCUCUGGUCAAAGACGAUGGCCAAACACGGCGUUUCAGUGAAGCAAGAGCCCGAAGAAGGCUUCGAAUUCAAUUAUUAA